UCUGCCUUGACAAUUAUUAUUUUCCCUUCGCAUAGUAAACACCGCACUUAAUUCCUCCACUGAAAAGCGAUCGAUUAAAAAAGCUGGCUAUCCAGCCACCACCUAGUAAACAUGAAGAAUUCAUCGUCUCAGUUUAAGCGAGCUAAAUCUUUAAAAGAUGGCGAAAUGAACGGAGUGAAUGGAGAGUCCCCUCUGCACAAUUUCGUCAAAGCGAAGCAGAAGAUAAACGCUAUAUUUGGGGACAUCAAAGAGUAUCUUGAAGACUGUAACAAAUUCUUAGCUGAUUUCAGAAUAGCUGAUGAAAAUGAACACGACAUCAAGAAGUUCUCAAGCGAGGUGUCAGGCUUUCUGGCCCAGGUUUCAAGCAUUUCAGAGGUUCUAUUAAGGGAUCAGAUGAAGGUGGCAUUCUUUGGACGAACCAGUAAUGGAAAGAGCACUACAGUAAACGCCAUGCUACAAGAUAAGAUCUUACCAAUGGGUAUUGGCCAUACUACAAACUGUUUUCUCAGUGUACAUGGUUCAGAUUUACCGGAUCCAUAUAUCAUGGUUCCAGAGAGUAAUGACAAAAAGAAUGUGAAGUCACUAGGUCAACUUGCCCAUGCCUUGUGUGAAGAAAAGCUUGAUGCUAGUAGUCUUGUUCAAGUCUUCUGGCCAAAGUCCAGAUGUAAAAUGUUGUCAGAGGAUGUUGUUUUGGUGGAUAGUCCUGGUAUAGAUGUGAGCCCUGAUCUUGAUCUGUGGAUUGAUAAACACUGUUUGGAUGCUGAUGUGUUUGUCCUGGUUGCUAAUGCUGAGUCAACACUUAUGGUUACGGAGAAAAACUUUUUUCACAAAGUGAAUCAGCGUCUUUCAAGACCAAACAUCUUCAUUCUAAAUAACAGAUGGGAUGCAUCUGCAUCAGAACCUGAUACGAUGGAGCUGGUGAAAGAUCAACAUCUCAGUAGAAACAUCAGUUUCCUUGUUGAUGAGCUCCAGUGUGUAGACAAAGGACAGGCAGAAGACAGAGUGUUUUUUGUCUCCGCUAAAGAGACCUUAAUGACCAGAAUGCAGAAACACCAAGGAAUGCCUCAAGGAGGUGGGGCCAUUCAUGUUGAAGGAUUUCCUGCUCGACAGUUGGAGUUUGAGAACUUUGAACGUAAAUUUGAGGAGUGUAUUUCUAAGUCAGCCAUACAAACCAAGUUUGAAUCUCACGCAGUCAGUGGAUUGAAAAUUGCAAACAUGGUAAAGGUUCUUAUGGAACAAGUAGUGGGUUCUGCAUUUCAGCAAAGAUCCAAACUGGAGAAAGCCAAGAAGGAGCAAGAGAAUAGACUGGAAUAUGUGAAGGAACAGCUUGAAAUCUAUACACAUGAUGCCAAACGCCAGAUCAAGGAAAUCACUUCUAAAGUUGAGGGUCAGGUGACUGAGGCUAUGACAGAAGAGAUUGGCCGACUGGGUUUGCUGGUGAAUGAGUUUGAUCAUCCAUUCCAUUCUCAUCCUGGGUUCCUUAAAACAUACAAAAAGGAGCUGUACAAUCACCUUGAGAGGGGCUUGGGAAGGAAUAUGACGGCUCGUUGUUCAAAUUCGCAAACUCAAGUGAUUUGUGAGGCGCAAAAGGAAAUGGCAGAUCGCCUUCGUAGUCUUCUUCCGCCUGAAACACCAGAGGUAUCUCUUGAGCCCGGCACUCCAGCUCUUGAUUUCCAAGCGAGCUACAAACUGGAUGUGCCCAGUCUGUGCACUGAUUUUCAUGAAGAUAUCGAGUUUCACUUCUCUCUUGGCUGGCAAGCGAUUUUGAGGAAGUUCUUGGCACCUCAUAAUGCUGGACUAGCCAUCGCUUUGGGAGCGAAUCUUCAGCGAAAUGUGCAGAACUUGGUACCUACCGCACAACCGUGUUCCGCAGAGGCAAGAACUGGGACUAGUUCACAGGCACCUUCAUUACGUGACGUUAUGAAACGUCCUGAGGGUGAUGACGUCACGUUGGCGGUCGUGCAAGGUUUAGCCUCACUAACGUCACGCACUGGUACGCUGGUGGUCAUAGUUGGAGGACUGAUUUGGAAGACGGUAGGAUGGAAGUUCAUAGCUUUGUGUGGUGGGUUAUACAGUGGAGUGUAUGUAAUUGAGAGGGUACGUUGGACCAAUGGUGCUAAAGAGAAGGCUUUCAAACGACAGUUUGUGGAUUACGCUUCUGAAAAGCUUCAGUUAGUGGUCAGCUUCACUAGCGCCAACUGCAGUAUACAAGUGCAACAAGAACUGACGUCAACCUUCGCGAAGCUUAAGUCUCUGGUUCAGAGAGCCAAGGAAAACUUGGAAGAAAACAUCAUCGAAUUAUAUAGAGAAAUAACAAGGCUUGAGAAAAUCGAAAACGAUGCGAAAAUAUUAAGGAACAAAGCAAGUUGGUUCGAAAGCGAACUUUCCCAAUUCAUCACCGAGUUUGGUUUGGAAAAGAGCAAGAUUUGAAAUCUGAUGAAGUAAGACGCUCUGGAAUAAAGGAAUACAGGCGUGAACGCUGCGUACCUGCCUGUCAUGUUACUAAACUGAACGAUCUUUACACGAGUCAAGUCAUCCUUUUCUCCAUAAUGCUUCGCUGAAGAUAAUGUCCACUUUUAGGAGACUCGUUGUAAAUUAUAAUUACUACGUUAAUGACAAUUUUGUGUUUGAUGCGGAAAGAGCAUGUCCAUCUUGCUUUGUUUUCUCUUCAGUGAUCCAACCAGAACCCGAAAGCUUGUAAAUAAGGUUCAUCCGCUUGACUGGUUGAAAUAUUUGAACAAGCACUUCAAAUUUCCAAAGAGAUUAUAAAUCCCUUUGGUUGAAACGGGAAAUGGAAUUUCAGAGCGAUUUACCCAGUUCCAUCCAAACACGACGAUGCUAAACAUAAUAUUGUAAAUGGUCAUGAAUUCGAAUUAUAUUAUCUAUAAUUCGAAAGGGUUUUUUUUUCUUAAAAUAGUAUAUUUAUUGAAAACGCUCCCGUUUUGAUUGAGGUUGUAAUGAGGAUGGGCUAAAGCGAUCAGUUUUUCUUUCAAGUGAACUCGUUCCUAAGGGUUUCCUCCUCUACACCCAAAGGCCCCAAGAACUCGUGAUGGUGGCUAAAACGCUGAGACCUUGACGUUGAAGUAAGAGGUUGAUAGUAGCCAAUGAGAGGUCGCUAUGACCGAAAGUCGGUCACCAGGGACACAAAACUAGGUAAAAUGAUUUAUAUGAAAGGGAAUUUACAUUGAAGGGCUCUUGCAGUGCUUUGCGUUUCGGUUUGAUUGAGGAGUUUAUUCUCUGUCAGUCAGUCUAAUGGCAUGAUACCACACGCCACUCUUUGCGCCAGGAGCACUUACUACUUUUUCCGCGAUAGAAUUCUAGAGGAGAAGGAAAACUAACAUACUGUUUUAUUGAGUUUACAUCAUGAACAUAGAACGUUGAGAAAGCUCAAUUUUUGUUGUAGUAAUAUUAAAGGUUGGUUGUGGUUCACAGCUGAUGCAAUUUUCCUA